CCGAAACGUUUCUGGGGCAAAACAUGCAUGCACAUCAUCGUUGCCAAAAAGUCUGACACAACACGACACACACAGAAUUGUUUUUCUUUCGCAUCCACACGUAAGUAGCGUACUGUAUGUCCCGUACGGUGCGUGUGGUAUCUUUCCACACCGUUCAGGAAUAAUGUUGUUUCACGAACGACGGCUCGGUUGCCGUACGGUAGCAUCGCAGCUGCUCUUUCCUCUUCUUCGAUGCCGUCGGUCACCAUCGUUGAGCAUACAACACGGCAAAACACGAUCGAUUUCUUCUGAUUCUCUCCGGCAAUGAAACUCCGAAUCGCGUCGUUCCUUUCCGUGGCUGCCGCCACCCACGCCUUCGUCGUCGAUACCAAAACCAGCCAGCGCCACAAUGGACACGUGCUGUAUUCAACGACGGCAGCGACCCUCGGGUCUGCUCCGCCUACCGAAGCGGCAGAAACCUUCGGGACGGUGGUCGGAGACACGAGGGGCGCCGCCCUUCGACUGGAAAACGUGGCCAUUUCACGGGGAGCAACGCCGCUUCUCAACAACAUCAAUUGGAGCAUCCAACCCAACGAGCGCUGGGGAAUCGUUGGGAUCAACGGCGCCGGAAAAUCGACGCUUCUGGGAGCCAUCACGGGAACGGUCCGAAUGGACGAGGGAAAGGCGCUCGUCCAUUCCAACGUGAGGGUGGGAUACCUGAGACAAUCCGCCGUGAGCGGAUCGACCAAAACCGUGGCCGAGGAAGCCCGGAGUGAAAUGACGCACAUCGAGGAGGCCAAGAUCGAGCUCGAGGCCGCCACCAAGGUCGUGGAGGACGGAGAUUAUUCCGAAGAGGCGCUGGACAAGCUAGCAACCGCCCAGGAACACUUUGAAACGAUCGGGGGCUAUCAGCAGGAACAGAUGGUCGACAGCGUCCUCAAGGGACUUGGAUUCGAACCGGAGGACUCGGAUCGCUUGUGCAGCGAUUUCAGCGGGGGUUGGCAGAUGCGGAUCGCCCUGGCCCGCUUGCUUCUGUCCAAACCAUCCUUGCUGCUCCUGGACGAACCUUCGAACCAUCUGGAUUCUUCUGCUAAGGAUUGGUUGGGAAAGUACAUCGCCAGUUACGACGGAAGCGUCGUUUUGGUAUCGCACGAUGUUUCUCUCUUGGAUGUGAGCGUAAAUUCCAUUGCCGAAAUCGCCGGAAACACGGUGGUCGAAUACCGAUCGUGUUCCUACAACAAGUAUCUGGAGGAAAAGGAAUUCCGCGCCGCCAGUGCACAGGCCGAAUACGAACGGAACCUAGAGGAGGCCGCCCGGCUCCAGGCUUUUGUCGACAAGUUUGGGGCAUCCGCUACCAAAGCCAAGAGCGCACAAUCGAGAGUUAAAAUGCUGGAGAAGAUGAAAAAAGAGGGAAAGUUGGAUCCGCCACCGGUAGCCGUUGUAGCCAGGGAGCGAGAUCCCGAACUCGUCUUGCCGCCUCCGCCGAAACCCAACGGCGAAUACCUCAUGAAGAUGAAGGAUGCCACGAUCGGGUACGAUCCAAGCGAGCCCCCGCUUCUUAAAAACAUCAACCUAAAAAUUCCGAGGGGAAUGAAGCUCUUGCUUCGAGGGCCCAACGGAGCCGGAAAAUCCACCCUUCUCAAGGCCCUUCGGGGGAACGUGCCGGAGAUGAUCCAAUCGGGAGAACGCGUCGAAAACGACCGACUCUUUCUAGGAACCUUCACCCAAGACCUGGCGCAGGAACUGGACCCGGAUUCCCGCGCCGUUGAUCUCGUCACGGACUACGCCCGUUCGGGGAGCGACGGAAACAUCCGCGUGACKGACGAGGCCGCACGUGGCGUCCUCGGACGCCUUGGCUUGGGAGGAGAAAAACCCCUCCGAAAGGUAUCCGCCCUGAGCGGAGGAGAAAAGGCCCGUGUGGCCCUGGGAAUGUUCGCCCUGAAAGCCUCGAACCUGUUGAUGCUGGACGAACCAAGCAAUCAUUUGGACGUUGGCUGCAUCUCGGGCCUUGCCAAGGCACUGAGUGAAUGGGGCGGCAAGGACGGAGCCAUUGUGGUGAUCAGCCACGACCGCAAGUUUUGUGAAAAGGUCGGAUUUACCCACGUUGGAACUGUGAUGGACGGAAAGCUUGUGUUGGAACAGCGAUCCCUCCGAGACAGCGACUGGGACCAAUACGAUAUCAACGCGGCUUCUAGGUCUCCAGCAUAGUCAAUGGAACGGAGCGAAGAAUUUCGUAGUGGAGUAAAACUUUGUCACCACAAGAAGGAAGGCAACAAUAAAAUAGAGCAAAUUUUUGUUA